GUAAGUGUCCAACGGCCAUCGAGUCUACCGAAAUACCAGCAGCAAAAAUUCGUAAAGAGGACGGCCGAGGAGUUGGAGACAGCCGGCGGCGGAAGCGGGGACGGUGGUUUCGGCGAACCGCCGGUGAAGCUGCAAUGUACGCAGGCGCAGCAUCAGCACCAGCAGGGCCCGGGCGGCGGCGGCGGUGGCGGGCCUCAUCACGGCCACGGGCAGCACCCGCCGGGCAACGGAGCAAACUCGACGGGCCCGGCCCACGGUGGCGGCGGAAACGCCGGCGGCGGUGGCGGCGGCGGGAACGAAGGCCUGACGAAAUUCUCGGUGGAAAUAGUGCAACAGCUGGAGUUCACGACGUCGGCGGCGAACUCGCAGGCCCAGCAGAUCUCGACGAACGUGACGGUGAAAGCGCUUACGAACGCUUCGGUGAAGAGCGACCUGCUGAACGCGUCGUCGUCGCCGAAGUCCGGCCCGGACACGCCGGCCUCGGCGACCUCGAGGUCGCAGACCGGGAACAACGGCAGCGGCGGGCCGGGCCCGGGCAGCGGAGCGACGUCCGGCCCGGGCGCUGCCGGCGGCGGCAUCGGUUGCGUGGACAUAGGGAACCUGGUGGAGUGCAAGCAAGAGCCGGACAACGAGUUCGUGGACCUUGAACAGUGCGCGGCGGCGUUGGAGAAGGACGCGGCCGCGAACGGCGGCGGGUUCCCCGGCUUCUCGGACUUCAUGGGCGACGACACGGGCGACGAGAUCAUCACGUCCGACGCGUUCAAGGACUUGAUCUCGGAGAUCUCGGACUUCCAUCCGGAGUUCAUGAAGGACUUCGACUUCGAGGACAAGAUCCCGGUGGAGGCGCUGGCGAACAACGCCGCGGUGGCCGCCGCGGCUGCCGCGGCCGCCAACAACAAUAACAACAACAUCGCGACGAACAACGGCCAGAUCAAGAUCGAGGACGACAAGGACGCGAUUCACCAGCAGCACGCGAAUACGAACAGCAACAGCGUGAACAACGGCACGACCAGCAACAACGGCGGCUCUCUGCCAGCAAACUCGAGCCCCGGCGGCCUCGGCUCCGCCCAGUACUCGCCCGCCAGGCUGCCCUACUCGGGCCUCGAUUUCAAGUCGGAGAUGAGCCCCGCGGCCCAGACCCUCAAGCAGAUGGCCGAGCAGCACCAGCACAAGAGCCAGCAACUCGGCCUCGGAGGCUUCAAUCCCGGGGCAGCCGCGGCGGCCGCAGCCGCCAGAGGCCCGACCGCCAGGUCCCCUUACGCCGAGUUCCCGCAGUUCGGCGGCACAUCGGACUACCUCGGCAGCCCUGGCAGCACAGGCCCGCCCGGAGGUCAAGCCCAGGCGACCACCGGCACCGGGUCCUAUCACAAGAACAACGGCACCGCCGGCUUCCAGAGCCAGCAGGCCAACGACAUGUUCGUCGGCUCCCAAACGCAGUUCGCCCAAGGCCUCGCGGACAUGAAGAGACCGCAGCCGGCCGCCGGCGGCAAGCCCAGCAUGCUAGGACCUACCGGCGGCUACAAGCAGCAGUAUUCCCCGUACGGCGGCAGUCCCGGGUCGAUGCCUAAUCACGGCAGCCCCGGGUAUCCCCUGCCGCCUAGGGGAUCCCAGGGCGCCGGACCGAAUCAGACCGGAUCGCAAGCACCCUUCACCAGCUCCACGCCGCCGAGGCCUCCCUCGGGAUCCGGCACCUCUUCCUUGCAAAUUAACCAGGCGCAGCAGCUACACAUCAACAACCCCGGACAUCAGAUUCAGGUGUCCGCAGGCCAGCACAUGCAGCUAACGGGAGAUCUGAAGGUGUCGGUGGCGGCUCAGCAGGGCAUGUACUUCACCCAACAGCAGACGCCGAACCAAUCUGGUCCCGGUGGUCAGAACGACACCUACUGUUCGGUCUCGCAGUCGCAGACCAUCAACUUCACGCAACAAAGUCUGAGACGCACAGCGGCGGGCGGCGUUCCUCAGCCUGCGGGAGCGGCAGGGCCUCGCAGCCAUCCGCAGCAAGUGCCGCCGAAUCAAGUGGACCAACAUCAGCACGCGAAGAUCAUCCAGCAGCAGCAGCAGUUGAUGCGCGCACAGCAGGUGAUGCAGCAGCAACAGCACAUGGCCGGCGGAAUGGGAGGCGUGAGACCGCCGCCACCGGAAUACAAAGCAGCGGCUCAGGCCCAAAUGAUGCACGCCGGUAUCGGCAUGGGUCAGCAGGCGAGGUUUCCCAACACCGGGCCUAUGCGUAGGGUUACGCAACAACCGAUGCCACCUUCAGGUCCGAUGAUGAGGCCGCAAAUGGCGCAGCAGCAGCAGCAGGCGUUGCACGCGGCCGGCGGCAACAUGUACAUGGGUGGCGGCGGCAUGGCCGCCAUCGGCGGAAUGCAUCAGAUGCACCAGCGUCUCGGAUAUCCUAGGACUAACAAUCAACGGCCGCCUAACGUGAGUGUCGGCCCGCCCGACGGCCUUGGGAAUAGCAUCGCGGGCCGCGGCGCCCAGCAGGAGUGGAGACAUGUUCUGAUGCAGCAGCAGGGCUUUCAGACGCAGAUGCGAUCGCAAUUCAACCAGCAAGGUCAUCAAGGUGGAUUCGGAAUGGGUGGCACGGGAGGAAUGCAGAUGAAUGCCGCUCAGAUGCAGCAUCAACAGUUGAUCCGCACCCAGAGUGGGGGCAUUGCUGGCUCCGGGAUGGGCAACACCACUCAGAUGCAGCAGCUACUGUCGCAGCAACACCAGCAACAGACAUUAGCGAUGCAGCAGAGUAAUAAUCAGAUGUCACUGCAGAUGCAAAUGUCGCAGUCUUCGUCGGUCAACUCGGUCAGCAGUACCGGCACCGGUUCUCCUCUGCACCCGCACCAGCAGUACGGAGCAGGUAGUCCAGGUGUGCGGAGCCUGCCACAGCAACAGCACGCGCAAUCGUCGGUCACGACGACGGAUCCGUCGGUGGCCGCGGCGGACUUCAGCCUCGAGUUCCUGGAGAACCUGCCAACCGGUGACACGUCGAACUUCAGCGCCCAGGAGCUCCUGAACUCGCUCGACUCGACGGCGAGCUUCAACCUCGAUAUUCUGUAAGGCCACGCCUCGCAGGCGGUCUAUUCGGGAUAAUCGGAUCCAGCUCUGGGCUCUGCUGGCUUCUUCGGGUCGGUCGGAAAUCGGCGGCACGCAGGCCCAGAGCCGUGGACACCCUGCAGCGCGACAUCCAGGUCGAUUCGUGUUCGAUCGGAGCUACCUUCCACGUUUGCUACCGCGCCUCGCCGUUUAUCCCGUUUCCUUGGGCCACGGUGUGUCGCGCCGAGAACACCAUAGAAAAUUCGCCGAGAUUUUUGUUCGAUUCCCUUGGACAACGAAGCGUGUCACCGUGAUCAUACUGGAAACACGAGCGACUUCGGCAUGUAGAUUUCAAAAUCGAGGACGUUCGGAAAAUACUGAGAGAUGUCACGCCUCGUGAUAUAGAAGCAAGAAUCGGUAGAGGUGUUGCCGGAAUCAUCAUGACGGACUCGAGGCACCGUUCUGGGAUUAAGUUAGAGCCGAACCUACCGCUGCCGGUCGCUGUUGCCUUGUACCGUGUGAUUUGCCAGAUUGUAAAGAUAGAAGGAGACUUGAAUCGAUUUUUCUGCACAGGUUGAAUGGAUUCAAUCUUGCCGUUUUCGUAAGACAACCGAGGUAGGUUCACCGCUGCCGAUAGACUGCGAAGCAGAUCCGGGUCCGGUGGCCCUUGGAAAAUUGGGAGAACGAGUCGAGGGAAACCGUUGCGUUUUAGAUCGGUUCGCAUGAAGCGAUACGCGUUGCCGGCAAAGAGCAAUGAGACGAGGAUCGGCGUGUAGGAACGCGUCGGCCUGUAGAUUAUCGUUUAGACAACGCGUAGAACGCUGACGCGGUAGCAGAAGUGGACGUGGCGGAUCCGAUCGCGGACGAGGCGACGGCCGAUCGCAGCCGAUGAUCGGCGCAGGGUGGCCCCGUCGAACCGGAAACGGCCGCGAUCGAACGUGUAAUAUAGUUAACGAAUAGUUAAAGCGAAAGUUCCGACCCACCCCGCGAACCCUCUCGUUCACUGGCGCCUGGCGUCGCGCGGGGGCGGCUUUGCGACCGGUUCGACAAAACCGGUUUCGACGUAUCUUCGCGUGCCCAUCGGAGACCGGUCCUAGUGCAUUUUCGGCAGCUAGUUUUUCACGGCUGACGACCCCUUCUUUCUAGGCAAUCACGUUUUUAGGUAAAAUUGAAUUGAACUUCUUAACGGUAUACCGAUCGAGGCGGAACAGGGGCGAGGAUUCGAGGACACGGCGCGCGGUCGACCGUGUGGGAAAUCAAGAGGACUACGGAGACGAGCAACCGGGAACCAGUGAGUCGCCGCAGGAAUCGUACACCGUCCGAUCGAACGUGUUUCGCGAUGCUCGUUCGUCGAAGCAGGACCAAACCGUUCGUUUCUGCUAGAUGGUGCUUCGUAAACGAUCUUCACGAAGACCUUUUAUCGACCGUUUUAUGAGAAGAGCCGGAAAACGGGUCUCUCGCGUCGAAUAAGCGAAUUACUUUCGAUGAACGCUGGAAUCCGAUGCAAUUAUUUUACGUUGCCGCGCACAGUUUCGAUACAGUGCUCGAACUGCAUAAAGAUCCGCAGCAAGAAAUUGUCAUCGGCUGCUGGAAUUCUCGUUGGAAUCGUAGAUGCUACCGGAUAGGUUUUAUCUGCGAUGUUUAUGAAAUCUUUACGCUGUUCUUUAUGCACUUCUUUGUCCAGUUCUUUAUGCAGUUCUUUAUGCAGCUCUCCGCGCAGACAUUUACGCGGUUCUGUAGGCAGUUCCAUCGUGCAUAUAUUUAUGCAGAUCACCGUUCCCCGCGUUCAAUCGUACGAAAUAAGAAUUGUUUCUUUCACGCGCUAAAAGUUAGCUAGCGGUGAAUAUAAACGUUUCGUUUCACGUCGGACCAGCUGCACGCGGCAGAAAUGCAUAAAGAGGAGACCCGCGCGGCCGGUUUUAUCCGUCAAAUGUAUCUUCGUGCAGGCGGUGUACAAUUUUUGCUGCGACUCGCUGUCCGUCCUAGUCGAAUGUCGCACAGUGAUAGGCAUCGUUGUAAGACCAACGCGACGGGAGACGAACGAAGGACGCUCUAAGGUCAACUUUCGAACCCUUCGGACGGUUGCGACGAAGUUGCCGCCGACAUAGAGAACCGGUUCGAUGUUUUUCGCCGACGAUUGUUCUUGUUCUCACCUCCCCCAACCAUAAAACAAUGCUUUUCUGUUUCUUUCGUCUACGUUCCUUUCCCGAUGAUUGUUUCCUCCAUCGUCGAGGAACCGCGGCCACCCACCGGAGGAUCGAUCAAUUUUCCCGAGUGCACGCGUCGACGACACCCGCGCCGGUGACUUCGACGGGCACUCCCCGAGUCGCGAAACGACGAACUUCAUCCCUCUUGAUUUUUCACGGCGAUCCGCGAACGCAUUAGCCGAACGAUCGGGAUCAAUCUGGGCACGCCCGCGGCUGAAAACCGCGCGUUAUCGCGCCGGUCUCUCGGAACAGUUACCAGGAACACCACGAUUCCGAACGAUUGUCCCGAAGAAUCGAAAUUUCUAACCGCUCUGUCUACGUCUGUGCCGCUAUCUUCAUUCCGGUUUCCACGUCGGCGCCAAUUCUGAUACGAUUCUUGCGUCGAUUUCUUCAUUUAAAUAUCGCAGCUGCGGAUUACUACGAUCCCUUGCAAAUGUAACCGUUGGGGAGGAAGACACAGUGAAAAUAGUCCGCGGGUCGUCCUCCGACAUUGGAAACGAUCGAAGCAGCUGCGUGAUUAUCUCGUUAUAUCGUUUAUUAUUUUUUAGUUAAUAAAGGGAAGUAUCGAUUUCUUGUUGCCGAUUUAUACUUCAUUUUACGUGUGUACUUAUUAGCCGUAGACAAUUCGUGAAUUCCAAACUGAUUUUAUGGGCGUUCGAGUUUCGUCGACGAGGUGAAGGAGAGCUUGGGACAAAUUUUAAGAAAGAAAAUGAACAAGAAUCGUCCUGGAACCGACAGGACAAACAGAAACAGAUUUUGACCGGUUGCUGAAACGAUUAGAAUUUCGGUUCUUGGUAACAGUUCCUCGGGAGGAGAGGUUCUCUGGAACUGUUUCGAUCGGAUCCUUCCCGUAGAACAGUUCGACACGGAUGUAUGUUUCCGAGCACGCUGUCCGGAUCUCUACGGACCAAUCGGAGCCGCGAUCUCGCUGUUGCGUUCGCGACAAGGUUCGACCGUGCGCGCACGCCUCCACCGGAAGGUUUGAUUCAACAAUGUUAUAAUAAUGGCUAGAAACGUAGUGUAUUUAACGAUGCCGCGGACACGGCGUAUUCUACAAUUAAACAGAAAGUCAAUUAUGAGAUAUAUAUUCGAUUCGAUGAAUACUGUGGCCUGGCGGGCCGUGGUUUUCGGCCCGAUCGAUCGGUCGCCUCGAGUAGGGUUCGCGUUUAACGGAAAGCGCAGAGAGCAGGAGAGAGAAUGAACGUGAGAGAGAACGAAAUUAACGAGCGAUAGAGAGAGAGAGAGAGAGAGAGAGAGAGAGAGAAAAUUCGAACGACAGAGAAGAGAACCCUUCCUAAGGACAACGGUGUUAGUGUUGCUACCCCGGGGACAAGUUAAAAGGACCCUGACUGUACAUAAGUAUACAAAUUUAGAAGAGGAAUUUCGAAACGAUAAGUUCGCAAAGUUUAGCCGAUUAAAAUUAAGGACCCUAUGGUAUAGGUGAAUAUUAUUAAUGAUAAUAGUAAUUGACGAUAAUGGUUGGUGCGAGCGAAUGAGAUCAGAGAGAGAGAGAGAGAGAGAAGUGGAGCGAUUGAUAACAGAGGAUAGCAGAUGUGGAGGCAGAUAUGAAUGAGAACGCGUGGAAGCGAAUGCAAGCUCGGCGAUAGAGCACACUUCCUCGAUCGAGCGUAUUUAUUCAGUUUAGUUCCGAGAAUGUGCUCCGUCGCCUUGUCGAAGUUGCACACAAAUAAUCACGGUCAGGUGUGGACGCCCUUGUUUCCGGCAUCGACGAAUCGCUUCCGUUCACGUGACACUGUUCCAACCGCGAGAACCGGCUCGAAACGCGCGGGGAACGUCGGAGAAGCGACCCGAAUCUGUUCAAGAAUCGUAAAGCGAUCUUCGUUGCUCGAGGUCGCCUCCCCACUCUCCCGGCCCCCCACCAAGCGUCCUCGACAGAGGCGGAGCGACGGAGGAAAGUGGGCGGAGCCAGGAAACGCGGUGAGGCGUUUGUGCAAACUGCGAACGAACGUUUCGGCGGUUGUUCGACGCCAGAGAGAACGAUUCACGGUGAAACGGGGCAGCUCGUCGUCGUCGGACAGGCUCCGCGAUUAAUCUUCCAAAUAGUGAUACAUUCCAUAGAUAAAGAGAGCAAAAAUGGAGUCGGGAAAUCCACGGUUCGUCUAAUCAAAACUAUCGUUUCUAAAAGAGAAUGCCGGGCGAGGAGGAAAAUAGGGGAGAACAUUUCACAGAGUGACCAAGUGUGUGUACAGUGACACGCGGUUGACAGAAUGAACGAGAAAGAGAGCGAGGGAGAGAGAGAAAUGAGUAUAGCAUAAGAAUAUUAAUGAACAAAAAAAACGAUAUCCUCGACCGUUCGCCGAAAGUGUGCACGAACAAUUCCGAUUCGGAGUUUCGCUUGUCAUAAGUAUAUUGAUAAUUAUACUCGCGCUCGAACGAAUGGCAAAUUAACGACUGAACGACAGAGGGAAAGAGAGAUAGAGAGAAUGGGAAAGAAAGGGGCACGACGAAUGAAUGUGAGCGAGAGAGAGAGAGAGGGGGGAGAGACGGUGUUACACGGAGUGUCGCGCGACAUUAGGAGAGUAUAAUUAAUCUUUUUUUUUUAAAUUCUCAUUGGGCGGAGCGUUAUUAUUGUCUUGUAAAAUAUUGGGGCCACGAAACAUAAUCUAAAAACUGAAAAACGACAAAAAAUACCAAAAAAAUGAUAUGAGAGACACAGUGAGAGAGAAAGAGAGAGAGUGAGAGAAUGUGUGUGUGUGUGUUUGAAAGAGAGAGAGAGAGAGAGAGGGAGAGGGUAGAAGAUAGUGAGAGAUAGGUGCUCUGGUUCUCAUUACCGAGUGAAAUCACCGUGCAAGAAGAUCGAGAGGAUCAAGGACGAAGAGAAGAAACGAAAGGUCGCCGCAUGUUGUUCCGUUCCCAUUUUCGUUGUUCGAUUUCCCUUGGUUUCUGACGAGUUCCUUGUUCGUUCCUUUGUCAUACGUGGACAAAUCUAGGCGAGGAAAGAGCGAGAGAGAGAGAGAGAGAGAGAGAGAGAAUGAGCGAGAGAAUAAGCGAGAGAGAAAGAGAGAAAGAUGUGCGAGAGAGCUGGAUGAGAAAUUGUUAUAGGAAGAGAGUAUUAGGGACCAACGAAACAAAAUGAACAAAAGAAACGACGACAGACACGGUCGUGACACGUGCAGAGACACAGGAACACACGGACACCGACAGACACACGUGCACACACAGAGGAGACGCGGGCAACACAACAGCAACGACAAGCAUGCUGCCGGUGGGUGUCGAUCGUCACGGUGGAUCGUUCUUCUUCUUUUUGUUUUUGCUACACGGCGAGAGCAGAACACGGAGAAAGUAAAUCGCAGUGCCUCGGGUCACGAAUCACGUGGCCGAUCGCCGAUCACCCGAUUAACCCUCGCCGUGGGCCGCCGCGCCGGGUCGACCGGGACCCGGCCGCGAGGCGUCCCCCGUCGCCUUUGUACAUUGUUGGAGCGAUCCGAGGACGCGUUCUCGAGGCUCAAGACCCGAAGACCGGCGGCCUCGGUGCCGGAAGUCACGUCCGAGUGGUUGCAGCGCCGGGUCUCCGAGGACCCGACGGCGUCGCGAGGGUUGACGGCGGACCAUGGAGGACCGGAAGUGGCCCUGAUCCGGCAGCAACGGCGGGACGGGACACCGUUUCAGCGAGCAACGGACGCCGUUCCGGCGACGGUCCCUGUUCUGACGGUGGUCGCCGAUCAUGGUUUCAGGCGGGAAAAGAACGUCGGCCUCGGACGGACAAUGAUCGGAGAAAAUCUGGCUAAGAAAUUAUGGUCUCCCGGUGUGUUGUGCCGGCUCGCCGAGCCGCAACUCCCGGACACACACGCCUCGAUUAUUUAUAAUAUUUAUAACUUUAUAUGAUACACGGGCAUUUCGCGUAGAAUUAAAACGUGAGAGAGGAUGAAACAAGUUCAAUGUUGAAUCUCGAACUGUUAUUAAUAAAAUGCGUUGAGUUCCUACAA